UAGUUAAAGUCGGCGUAGAGGGGAUAAAAGGAAAAUUAAUAAACGACCGUAAGACCGUGUGUCACUCGGAAUCCCCGGUGAAGAGAUGGCAUCCAGAAACAGUCCUGCUCGUAUGACACUGGCCAUGAUGAAAGGGAAACCAAUAACAACAUCGGUUCCUUCGAUUCGUUAUCACGCAAGUGACGACGAGCUCGAGGAACUUUAUCCGAGCACAGAUGAAGAGAAACGAACUCCAGAAUCAGAGAAAAGUUCACCAAAAGCAAGUCCAUUCAAAACUGGUGCUAAAGAUUCGAGCGAAAAGAAUGGAGGAGAAGAAGGCUAUGAGAAGCGUUCGGCGAGUAUGGAUGGAAGCUUGUCAGAAGGAACGCCACCGAGCGAUCCAUGGAAAAUGUUUUCGGACUUCAAAGGCAAAUUGACAAAAACGUUUGAAGAAAAAUUGUCAGAGAUCAAGAGCGACAAACGAAAAAAACUGAAACAUUGCAGCGGUGAAAAUUCCAGUUUUAGUGACUCUGAGGAUUUGGGAGAUGUUACACCGACUGAAGAUUUCACACCUGAGAAGCAGGAAAGUGCUUCGACAACAACAGGAAUUCGUAGAAGAUCGCAGUCGUCGAGAUUCGCUGGUUUUUCAAAUAUCAAAACUGGUCUCAAAACAAAAAAUUCUGAAGAUGAUAAUAGCGUAGAGAGCGGUAUUGAAGCAGCAGAAUUAGCUGACGAAACAAUCACCGAUGCGAAUGACACGAAUCUUUCAGGAAAUGGGGAAAAACAAGACGAAUGUGACAAUAGAACGAAAGCCUUGAAUGAAAAGCGUUUGAGGAUCGAGACGAUUACAACAACGAAUCUCGAUGAACCCGUGAAGAUAAUUUCACAAUUGAAAAAACAAUUGUUUUAUCAAUUCGUCGCUAUUCCAGUCGUAUUAUUUUCCUCGUACUACGUUCUUCCUUUGCCUGAUUACUUGAUCGGUUGUAUAGCCGGUAUUUUUCUCGUUGUAACCAUACAAAAAUUCGUGUCCCGUGUGAAAAAGCUGCUGAACGCUCCGAUCGUCGAUCGUAAAGUUCCCGAAAGACUCGAAUGUCCCAUCGUCGAAAUUCCAGCAGUUGAGGAACACGCUGUUUUCGAAAAAUUCGAAGGAUGGCUCAAUGAAUUGCCGUACGAUUACGAUCCCGAAAAUUACCACGUCGCACGCACCAACUCCGUCAUGUUCAAGCUCGAAGCUGACUCUCUGCGAAUCAUGGAAACCAGAACGAGAAUUCCCAAGCGAGCCGUUUGGAACGAACCUCAACACUUGCCCAAAUUCACGAGAAAAAGAGUUUAUUCGUUAAUCGGAGCAAAAGUGGAAUUACUUCCCGAAGGCCUCACGAGGAGAAGACGUUGGAGCAAGAAAUAUCCAAUUUGUGUGACUUUUCGAAAAGAAGGAAUAAUCGAGAACGUCGAUUUGAAUACGGGAUCGGACGACGAAACACAAAAGACAGACAGCGAAAAGGAAAAGAUGAUAUUGGAGGGGGGAGAAGAUGAGGAUGAAGAUGACGACGAAGAAUCUGUAAAGUCAAAUGAAAAAAAGAACGACGUAUUUGCAGAUUGUCGUGACGCUGACGAGGAUGAUGAAGAUGAGAUAUCAAAAUUGAAAAUAUACGUUUUCGCCAGAACGGAUCGUCAGAAGGAAGAUUGGUAUAGACGUUUGACGCGAGCAACGGGCUUUGAAAGCAAACGUAAUUCGAUAUCGUCUCAGAAGGAUAUCACUCCGUCCUCGAAUCCGCCCUCAAUACCGUCGACGAGCACUGAUACAAAAAAUUCAAACUUUACUGCAGCCGCUCACGAAAUCGCGUCCGAACUUUCUUACAAUGCUUAUAUGUCGCGUUACUCUGAUACUCAAUCGACCCCGACGAGCGAAAGCGGAGGUUCCCUCGUCGAAAACGACGUAGUUUGGUUAAACGCACUACUAGGCCGAAUAUUAUUCGACAUGCACAAAUCGCCAGACACGAUAAACUUGAUACAAGAGAAAAUACAAAGAAAAUUAUCGAACAUAAAAUUGCCAUAUUUUAUGGAAAGUUUAUUAAUAUCGGAACUGGUGAUCGGUCAAGGCGCUCCAGUUAUACACAAAGCGACGAAACCGAUUCUCGAUGAGCAUGGACUCUCCGUUGACCUUGAUAUCACUUACGAAGGCUGUUUCACCAUGACGAUCGAGACUAAAUUAAAUCUCAUGAAAUUAACAAGGGCUGGCUCUGUCAGCGGUAAUACAAACGAUAUCGUAAAUAACGACAAACCGACCCAACCAGCCAGAUCUCCCAUGUUCGAUAGUGAUGUUGAAGACAGCCCGGAAACCUCCACCGAGGAAGAAGACAAUACGACCGUACCUCCGAAUUCAGGCUCUCGAGAAUCCACUCCAACGCAAUCAUCGGGUCGAAAGUUUCUCAGCAUGGUUGACAAGCUCGCAGCUAAUAGAUAUUUCCAAUCUGCUGCGGAGCUCUCGUACGUUAGAAGAGCUAUGGAGGGACUUUCGAACACCGAAAUCCGACUUAUGGUGAAUGUAUCGAGUAUCAAAGGCUGUUUGACUGUCAACAUUCCCCCACCGCCGUCCGAUCGAAUAUGGUACGGUUUCAAGCCGGUGCCACAAAUAAUAUUAACGACAAAGCCAGCAGUUGGUGAGAGGGCGGUUAACAUUGGAUACGUAACGAAAUGGAUAGAAACGAAAUUGUUGAAAGAAUUCGAGCGAGUCGUUGUUCUGCCGAAUAUGGACGAUCUUCUUGUCUCUUUGUGCCCAAAUUACCCUUUUCACAGCGCGUAGUACGAACAAGGAGUAACAGAAGAACGGGAGAAUGUUUUUCUCUGAUAGAAAGAAAUAUCAAUCCCGUGUGAGCGAGAAAUCUGCGUAUACGACUUUGUCUCUUACUCGUGAUUCGAUCUAUUAAAUGGUGAUAAAUUCUUUUCGUUUCUUGAUAAUGUGAUAUAUGUAUAAUUAGCUUGGGAAUUUCGUUGCUUUUUGUGGCUUGAAAUUGAUGUAAAUAUACAGGGUGGUACACGAGUCAUUGCCAAAUGAAAAAGGGAGCAAAAAAAAGGGUUAAGUAGGAAAAUUAAAUUUCAAUAGCGUUGCAACGAGACUCUGAUUUUAUGUAAAUAAUUCUUCGUUAUAAUUAUGAUUCUCGAUUUUGGAACAUCGAAAAACAAGGUUGCAACGAAUUUACUUUUUUCCGUAUUAAGUUCAUCGUUUAUGUUGUUUUCAUGAGCGUACGUUUUACGAUACACCGUUUUUAAAUGUAUUUUUUUUCUGUCUCACUCACGGAGCUUUUCAUUCUCCACUGUGUAUGUGUAUUUGUGCGUGUGGUGCCAACAGCUUCGGUGUUUCCUCUUGUCAUGAAAUGUCGUUUUGAUCUGGGGAUAAAAUAUCUACGCUGAAUAAUCGACAAUCAUUUUUUUUCUUUUUCUAUUCUUUACUUUAAAUGAAAUCACUGUCGCAACGAAUCAUUGUUAAAAAUUAGUUUCUCCAGAGCGCAUAAAAAAACUGUCCCAACCGAUGAAUCGACGGUCCUCGGAUGAGGAUUAUUUUUUAAAUAUUUUUCAAGACAAACCUGUGUGAAUUUUUGAGAUCGAUUUUUGUCUCUGUUGUUUCUAUUGUAUAUCAGCAAAUCGUGUGUUGGAAAAAAUCCUCGAUCGAGAUUGUUUCAAUAAUGUGAAAGCUUUCUUUCGUGCGUGCGUUCAAACAGACGAUUUUAUUCAACGUCAUAAGAUAAGUGCAACUCGAAAAACCAAAGGUAAACUACUAAGAUACCGUAGUAAAAAAUAUUUUAAAGUUGAAGAAAAACAAAAUCAUGAAACGAUAAGACGCGAAAGCAUCAAAGUAAGUCGCGCGUUUCUCUAUCCGUAUAAUAAUAAGAAACAUUCAAAAUCUACAAAUCUUUUUGCGAGAGUCGUUAAACGAUAGUCACGCGUACAAACAGAAAGCGCGAAAAAUACAAAAAAAAACAAACCAAUGAGAAAGAGAGAACAAAGCAAACCCGAAGAAAUUUUUUUUGUCUCAAAGACUAUUCGAAAAUGAAAAGAAUAAAAUGAAAAAAUGGUAGCUCUUUUUUACGAAUAUACGCCUCGAUGUACAGGCUUAUUCCUGUGUGUGUUUUCCAUGUCUUUGUUAUAUAAAAAAAAAAAAAAUGACAGAACGAUUGAAAUCAGAAGAAAAGAAAAAAAAAUGAGAGAACAGAUAAAUAAAAGAUGAUAUAUAUUUGUUGAGAAAAAUGUAUGGAUACUGUACCUUGUAAUCUUCACGUAGAUUAGAGUUCCGGAAACGAUUAAAAGGAAAAAAAAAGAAAACAAGAAGAAAUAGAGAGAAUUGCACUUCGA